AAGACGCGAAAGUGUUUUGUUUUUUUUAACGGAAUUUUGGCUCUGGUAAUAGAAAUAAAAAAGCGAGUUAAAUGUAAAUAUAAGCUACGUAACUGAUCUUAGUUCUUCAUUUACACAACAAUUUACUUGGAUAUAAAUUAUUUUUUAUACUUUACUGGUAUCAUGAAAUGGGAAUACAAAGAAGAGCAUCCUUUCGAAAAACGGCGAUCUGAAGGUGAAAAAAUUAGGAGAAAAUAUCCUGACAGAGUUCCUGUUAUUGUGGAGAAAGCACCUAAAGCUCGUAUUGGCGAUGUAGACAAAAAGAAAUAUCUUGUUCCAUCUGAUUUAACAGUUGGCCAGUUUUACUUUUUGAUCCGCAAAAGAAUUCAUCUACGAGCUGAAGAUGCCCUUUUCUUCUUUGUAAACAACGUUAUACCUCCCACUAGUGCAACAAUGGGUCAACUUUAUCAGGAACAUCAUGAAGAAGAUUUUUUUCUUUACUUUGCUUAUAGUGAUGAAAGUGUUUAUGGCGUGUAAAUAUAGUUUGUUUAUUUAAAUUGUUUUUUCGUUGUUGUUUUUUUUUAUUAUUUUUAUUUUUUUUUUGUUAAAAACAUGAUUUCUUUGUUUAUUGUAAAUUUACAUACAUUUUUUACAUUUAAAAAAAAAAUUAUUUUAAAGAAAAAUGUUUUGGAAUCUCUUAUGUAAGCUGAAAGCUUUUAUGCAAGCUAUAAGCUUGUGUGCAUUCUUUGAUUUUAUUAUGUUUAUGUUUGAAAUUUUGUAAAUACAAUGAAAGCCUUUCAAUUUUUCAAUGUUUUAUGGAAGCAAUUAUUUUAUGCAACUUGUAUAAAUAAUAGGUGUGGUUUUUUAAGGUUGUAGAUAAAGGAACAUCUUGACAAAGAUAAAGUCGAAUAUUAGAAGAAGUAAAAGCAAACAUUUUUUUAAACUUUUCUUCGAUUAAGAAGAUUUCUAUGAAAAAAUCUUUUAUGUUUUGCACAAAUAUUUUAUGCACGAAUCAUGUAAAUUUUAGUAAUUUUAUUAAUGGUGUUAGAAGCUUAACUAUCAAUUUUACAGCUGAAAUAAAUUAAUGUUACAUCUUGA